AUGGCAACUUCAAAGGUGAGGUUGAAGCUUCUUAUAGACACAAAGGGGAAGAAAGUUCUUUUCGCUGAAGCUAGUAAAGACUUUGUAGAUUUUCUCUUCUACAUAUUUUCUCUGCCUGUUGGAACAGUGGUUAAGCUCUUAAAAGAGAAGAUCUCGGUGGGUUGCCUUGAUAAACUUUAUGAGAGCAUCGAAAAUCUUAGUGAAACCUACAUGCAACCAAACCAUCAUGACAAGAACUCUGUACUCAAUCCAAAGUCUUCUAUAUCUGCCACCGAAAUCCCUCUUUCGCUUUCUCUCCAUGAAUCAAACAUUCGAAAGUUUUACACGUGUGAUAAUUACACAACUAAUUAUAAUCGUAAUUCUUACAGUGCUCCUACCUACCAAUAUAAUGUGAGUGAUGAACCAAACGUGAUGUGUCCUCAAUGCAAUUCACAGAUGAGGCAAGAGAUGACUUAUAUUUCUCCACGAUGUGCAAAAACUGAGUCUGUGGUUGAGGGAGGGUUUGUUAAAGGCUUGGUGACUUAUAUGGUGAUGGAUAAUCUAGAGGUGAUGCCUCUGUCUACUAUAUCCGGUAUUACUUUGCUUAACAAGUUGAAUGUUAAGGAUUUGAGUGCACUUGAGGAGAAAAUUGUUGAUUUUGGAGUUGAAGAGGGUCUGAAGCUGCUGAAGGCGUCAAUGGAAUGCAAGAAUGUUUUAACAAGUGUUUUUUUGCCAUUAAAGGUGGUGAAUAAGACUUCAGGGCUGUAG